UUGCACUCCGGUCUAUGGUAACCCACCAAUAGUAAUGUUAAAUACUAGACUUAUUAUCUAUACGCGCGCAUAACAACAAAUAACAAUAUCAAAGAUAAAGAAAUUGUGAUUAUUCAUUAUUCGUAAAUAAUAAAUAUUUGGUUUCAUUAAAGUUUUUUUAUACUUACAAGUUGUUACUUAUUAAUACUUGCCACUCGGUUAACGUGCUUAAACUUGAUAUAACAUGCUAGCAAAGCUUUAAAUAAGCUUUUCAUUCGAUACGUUUUUAAUUAAAUACCUAGUUAUAAUAUUAUAAUUAAAAUGACAACGGAUAUUCCAAAACAACUACCCAUUGUAUUCAUUACUCCGAUUUUGAUUCCUGGGUAUAUUUUAAAAAUUCAGCUACCGGCAGAAGAGAAUAAUAAUCUUUUAAAACAUUUACUGGAUAAGGAUAAAAACAAUAAAUUAUCUAACUUUAUUGGCGUUAUACCCAAAGCUGAUUAUGAAAAGGAAAGCAACGUAAUUGGAGCAAUAGGAUUAAUUCAAAGCAUAAUUAAGUUUGACAAUUUUCCAAAAGAAUACAUUUUAAUUGUUCAAGGUAUUUGUCGUUUCAAAUUAGGUCCAGUAAUCAUCAAAGAACCCUUACUAAUUAAUGAAAUAGAAGUAAUAGAAAAUUAUAAAGAACUUAUUGGCGAUGAAAAAGAAAAAAUAGAUUUACAAGAUGAUUUUAAGAAAGCGUUUAUUGAUUUGUUAUCAUGUUUAGAAAUGAGCAUAGUUAACCCAUCCAUACAAGACUAUUUUAAGAAGUUAUUUAACAGUCUUGUGUUACAUCAAGCUCUUGAUUAUUGUUUGAAGACUUUUAUUCAGCUAACUCCAGCUAAUGCUUAUGAAAUUCUCCAAGCACCAAAUUUAAAUAAAUUAUUAACACUUGUGACUGAUUGGCUAAAAGAAGAGACUAUUAAAAAUAUCAAGUCCACGAAAAGGGAUAAAACUGGUUUAGUUCCAAUACGCUCAACUUUUCCUAUUAAUUCAGGAAGCAUAAAAAUAAUUGAACAAAAUCAUCCCCAUGAUCUUAAAAACAUACUAAAGUUAACCAAAAAUUCAAAUAUACCGAAGUCAGUUCAUGAUGUUAUAUUAAGAGAAUUGGACAGUUUAAAACAUAUGACAAAGAGUAAUCCAGAAUAUUCUAUAGUUUUUAAUUAUGUUAGUUUUAUUGUCAACUUACCAUGGGGAAAAUUUAGUGAUGAGACACUUGACUUGACAAAAACAAGAAAGAUUCUGCAGGAUAAUCAUUAUGGUAUGUGCAAUUUGAAACAAAGAAUAUUACACUCUAUCGCUGUAAGAAAAUUUAAUCCAAAUUUACAAGGACUGAUAUUAUGUUUCUGUGGGCCGCCUGGAAUAGGCAAAACCACUAUAGCCAAAUCUAUUGCAAAAUCAUUGAAUCGUAAAUUUCAAAGAGUAUCAUUAGGAGGAAUAAAUGACCAAGCUGAAAUUAAAGGUCAUAGAAGAACUUAUAUUGGAGCUCUGCCUGGACGUAUUAUGCAUGCUAUAAAUAAGGCUCAAACAAUGAACCCAGUUAUUUUAUUAGAUGAAAUUGAUAAAAUGCAUAAAGGUUCAAGCGGUGAUCCUGCUGCUGCUUUAUUGGAAGUUUUAGAUCCAGAACAGAAUAACUCAUUUGUUGACUCGUACACUAGUUUACCUUUUGACCUAAGCCAAGUAUUAUUUGUUGCAACAGCUAAUAAAGUGACAUCUAUUCCGCAAACAUUGCGUGACCGAUUGGAAAUUAUCUAUUUAAAAGGGUACACUGAAGAAGAAAAAUUACAAAUUGCUGAAAACUAUCUUAUACCAAAAGUAUUAAAAGAUCAUAAAAUGGAAAAUUUUGAGAUAAUAAUUUAUAAAGAAACUUUAAGAGUUAUAAUAAAAAAAUAUACAUACGAAACUGGUGUUCGUGAAUUACAACGUAAAAUCGAGACUAUUUGUCAAUCUAUUGCUAUGAAAAUAGUCGAAAAUUCUGAUGAAAAAUUUAACAAUUUCAUAAUAACACCGGAAUCAUUGCAAGAAAUCUUGGGUACUGAAUUGCUUGAUAGUCAUAAUGAACAAAUUGCACUAAUAAAAACUGGUGUGGGUAUUGCACUUGGCCUAGCGUGGACACCAUUUGGUGGUAAACUUCAAGUAAUUGAGUCAUCGAGAUUUUAUUCAAAAGGUAAAAAAAACCAGUUUAUAAUAACUGGUUUAGCUGGCCAAACUUUAAAGGAAUCUGUAGCGAUAGGCCUUCACUGGAUACAGUCUUUUACUUUUAAGAACAAAAUAGACAUUGACCAGUUUAAUGUUCAUAUCCAUCUACCUAGCGGAGCUUUGAAAAAAGAUGGUCCUUCAGCAGGAGUACCAAUUGUUUGUGCUUUGGUUUCACUUUUUUGGAAUAUUGCACUUAAACCAACAGUUGCUAUGACUGGCGAAAUUUCAUUAAAUGGACACGUUUUAGGAGUAGGUGGAAUAAAAGAAAAAAUUUUAGCUGCUUACGAUUCAGACAUAAAAACUGUCAUUAUACCAGAGUCAAAUAUGAAAGAUACAGAAAGUUUAUCUCAAGAAAUAAAGGAUAUGGUCAACAUUAUUCCUAUCCGACAUUUAGAAGAAAUGCUUGAAUAUGUAAUUCCAGGUGGUUUAACGUAUUUGCAAGAUCCUUUAAAUAUUUUGAAGUCAAAAUUUUAAAUAGUUUUUCGAUAUUUCUUAUGUGACAAAAUAAACACAAUUUUUUAUUUAUUCAAAAAUAAUUAUCUGUAAUUUAGUCUUAAACAAAUAGUUGCAUCCAAUGUAAUGUAGUGUUGAAUAUUAUCGUAAUAUGUAUUGAUUGGAUUAAAAACAAAAAAAUUGUAAAAUGUAAAUAUUUUGAAGUCAAAAUUUUAAAUAGUUUUUUGAUAUUUCUUAUUUGACA